AUAACGGAGCGCACACAAUCUUCCGCAAUCUCAUCUCCCCCAGCUAAAUGAAUGUUCCCAUUAAAAUAGCUCAUACCCUCUCGCCUCUCCUCCUCCAAGCUCGCUUCCCACUCUCAGGUGUUCCCAGAUUCGGGUUCGUGCGAAUUCCGGGGCAGAGUAGGAGACUAGGAAGUAAAAUGGCAUGGAGUUUGGACAAGUGCGACAGCAAGUUGGAUGUGGUUCGCGAGGCGACGGAGGCUCACGCCCCGGAGGCAAUUGAAGCUCUCAAGUCAGGGAAGGUGAUUGCUGUGCCGACGGAUACGCUCUACGGCUUCGCUUGUGAUGCUUGUUCUGCAGAAGCUGUUAACCGGAUAUAUGAGAUCAAAGGACGGAAGCAUACGAGUCCUCUUGCCAUUUGUGUUGGAGAUGUUUCUGACAUAGAACGUUUUGCAGUGACCAAUCAUUUGCCGUGUGGUUUGCUUGAUUCUCUCCUGCCGGGACCUGUAACUGUCAUAUUGAGGCGAGGGGAAUCUAGCAUUCUUGAGAAGUCUCUAAAUCCUGGAUUAGAUAGUAUAGGAGUCCGAGUGCCAGACUGCAACUUCAUCAGGGUUAUUGCCAGUGGAUCUGGGAGUGCUCUUGCCUUAACAAGUGCCAACUUAAGCAGCCUGCCAAGUAGCAUCUGCAUUAAGGAUUUCGAGAACCUCUGGGAACACUGUGCGUAUGUUUAUGAUGGUGGUGUGCUUCCUUCAGGGCGUGCUGGGUCAACAAUUGUGGACCUUACAAAGCUUGGCUGUUAUAAGAUUCUCAGACCUGGAAGUGCUGAGGCAGAGACUGUUGCGAUCCUUGAAAGGCACUCUCUAAGUGAAGAAAAGUCCUGAUAAGAAGACCGAAGCGUAGAGGAGCUCUCGCAAGCUAUUCAUUCCCCAGUGCAGAGGCAUACUGAGAUGUGGAUCUAAAUAUUGACAAGUGCAGAUUUUUGUCCAGAAGAUGGACUGAUAGUGUCCCUGUGAUUGUAAUUGGAUCACUUGAGCUUGAUGCUUAUUUUUCUAUAGAGUCGAAAUUGUUAUCAGGAGGGUCGCUCUUAAUUCUUUCGACGAACUCAUGGUCAUCAAGACAUGAAGAAACAUCUGGGCAUUCUUCUGGUGAAUAUACACAAUCUCUCUUGCUCUGCUU